AGGAUGUCCUACAGAGGCUGAACGCUGAACAGCUUGCAUGUGGGUGGUGCACCAGUGGUGGUGGGCUCAACUGGCGAAAAGCUGCAGCAUCAAGCAACCGUGCUUGAGAGGGCAGAGAGGGACAGCAUUGCUCCAUGGGCGGCUUGGGUUCUUUGCAGCAACUGCAGACAGCUCAAUGUGGAACACUGCUCUGCUUCUUGUCCGCUCCAGAAAGCAGAAGCUUUUGUGCAAGUGCGGCUGCUCGCAGACUGCCAACAAGUUUGACAGUCAGCAGCUAUAAGCUACCACCACCUCAAUCGAUCACUAAGCACAGGUCCCAUCUAAUACAUGCAGCCUCGAAUGCUAGACUAUCAGGCAACACGAUGACGGCUGAUCUAAAAUAUGCCGCACUGAUGAGCAACUCUCUUGCGCACAGAGGGUGGGAGUCGUCAGAGCAGAAGCACCAAAAAUCCGGACGCCCCAUCUCUGGAACCACUCUAGGACCGAUCAGGUCCAAAUUAAAAGGGCUCAGGGCAGGCCGUGCUAGCUUGAGCAGCGCGGUAGACUUGGGGCAAGUCACGUUUUGGACCCUGGUAGUGACUUCAGCUAUGUUCUUGCCAUAUAGCCUGGCCAUCGUAUCUGGGUAUGAGGCAGCAAUUCAGACUGUUUCAUCAGGCGCCCUCGACAAGGCCGCCGAUGCGGGACAGCACAUCAUGGACCACCUUUCCCUUUGGCAACUGCACGCAGCCAACGCUGUCCUCUACCUCUGCGCUACUCCCAUUCAAUUCCUCCCCAGCGUCCGAAAGCGCUCUCUCCCACUGCACAGAGCGUCUGGUUACCUUUUCCUAUCUACCGGAACAGUUUUAGCCUUCUCAGGGCUGAUCAUGGCCCCCCUGUCGGAGUUCCCUGGGUUUGUACCCCCCUCCGUGGCGCUGGCAGUCAUCUGGGUGCUGUUUGGGGGGGUGGCGAUGUGGAAGAUCAAGAAGAAGCGGGUGCAAGAGCAUAGGGAGUGGAUGGUGAGGGUAGCGGCUGCGGGAUACUCCGUUAUCUUGACAAGGCCGUUGGUGAUUGCCGUGCAUCUCGUGUCCGGUCUCUCCCACAGGGCCGCUGGGCAGUCUGCCACGUGGUUGUCUCUUUUGAUCAUGGUGGCCGGGACGGAAAUGUACAUCCAAAGCCGCCACCGCCUUGAUUCGAAUGUGUAGCUUUGACGGUACAAGAGAGAUCUUGCACGGCGAAGAUUGCCGGCCAUGAUCGAGUCCCCCAAGUUGAGCUAGUAGCAUCUAAUCCGUCUUCUCGGUUCAACUUGACCGUCGAUCUGCCACUGGUAGCGACCACUAGGCAGUCGGACUGACCAUCAACGAACAACGAUUUGAUGUAAUUGACUUCAAAAGGUACGGUAACCUGUGAUUGGAUAGCGCGGCCGAGCUCCAGCUCGCAUGCAUACUAUGGAUUCCUGG